GACCAUCCACUCCAUUGCAACCACAACACAGACGCAGUUACUCUCUCUCUCUCUCUGAGUCUAAAUGGUUGGGCCGUAGACGACCAGAAAAUGGCUGUUUCAUUCUACUCACUACUCGGCUUCAAUUCUACGUUACAAGCCAAGUAUCAGAAUGUGUCAAGAUUUUCUGCUGGAGCUUCUACACCAACAGUCACACAAUUCACAUCUUCAUUUGGAAAGUUUGGGCCAAGAAGGCAUAUAAACCGAGAAAGAUGGGGCUUAUGUCUUUCCGUUGCAGAUAGCAAUCAGCUUACCACAGAAACUGGUGAUAAGUCUUCUGAAACUUCAAGUUCUCCUUCUGAGGAUCCAAUACCAGCUGUUAAUUCUUCAUCUUUGGGUACUUCUGCCAACAAUAGUCAGUUCCAAACUAGUGCCAUUGAUGAGCCUAGUUCUCAAACCUCUGAGGCUUCCAAUGGAUCAUCAGUUAUUUCAAGUCAGAAACAGGAGGAAUCAUCUCCUCCACCAAACUUGAAACCUAAAUCAAAAAGAUUGCCGCUAACAGCCAGGGAGAGACUGAGGGCAGCUAAGGUUCUCAGCCGUUACAACACAGAGUCAAAACCAGCUAGAAAGAAAUCAGAUAGGAGCAAGACUGUACUAGACGCUGCUAGAGCGAGCGAUGGUGGGAAGGGAAGAUCUGGACUUCCGCAGGCCCCUACAAACAUUUUUGAUGACAGCAAGCGAGGAAUGCCAAAGGAUGGCCUAACUUGGGAUUUUCCAGGGGGUGCUGAUUUGUUUCUAAUCAUCUUCUCGUUUGUAUUCAUCAGCACAGUGAUGUUUGCCACGACUUACUUUGUCUGGAAAGUUGGUGCUAUCCAUUUUAAUGAAAAUUGAGUUGAAGAAACUGCGAUCGUCUUAGUUCCUUCCGAUCAAUCCACCUUGAUGCAUCUCAACAUUUUUGACAAGAUAUACAUGUCAAUGUACAGAGAUUUGUAAGGUCAAUAUUUGUAUCAGUUGAAAUUUACUGCUCCUACACUCUUAUAGCUUUGUUUCUUCGAAGUGUAAAAUGAUAGAAGCUAUUCCUUGG